UGAGUCUCUCUGUCCGACCUCUCUUCCCUGCUCCGCCGCCGUUUAGUAUCAGUAUCCGUCCGGUCAGGCUGUUAAUUGUUCGCUUCAACUGUUUUCGUACUCGAUCCAUCUUCAUAAUGGCCGAUGCUCAUGAGACUCCUGAUAAGAACAUUGAGCUAUGGAGAAUUAAGAAACUGAUCAAGGGACUUGAAGCUGCAAGGGGCAAUGGCACCAGUAUGAUUUCUCUCAUCAUUCCUCCCCGUGAUAAAAUACCUCGAGUUACGAAGAUGCUUAGCGAUGAAUUAGGAUCAGCUUCGAAUAUCAAAAGUAGGGUGAAUCGUCAGUCUGUUCAAGGUGCAAUUACAUCCGCUCAGCAGCGGCUCAAGCUCUAUAACAAGGUUCCUCCAAAUGGCCUUGCUCUGUUUACAGGAACUAUUGCUACCGAAGAUGGCAAUGAAAAGAAGGUCACGUUUGAUUUCGAGCCUUUGAAGCCGAUCAAUGUGUCUCUUUACCUCUGUGACAACAAGUUCCAUACCGAAGCUCUGAAUGAACUCUUAGAAUGUGGUGAAAAAUUUGGUUUCAUUAUCAUGGAUGGUAAGGGGACUCUUUUCGGGACAUUGAGUGGUAACGUAAGGGAGGUUCUUCAGAAGUAUCGCAUUGACCUGCCAAAGAAACACGGAAGAGGUGGGCAAUCAGCUCUUCGAUUUGCUCGCCUUGGAGAGGAAGCACGCGACAACCAUGUUAUCAAGACAGCAGAGCUUGCCAAAAGUUUGUUUAUUAAUCCAGCCACUAACCAGCCCAAUGUUAAAGGAUUAAUACUGGCUGGAUCAGCUGAUUUCAAAACUAAGCUUAGUGAGUCGGGUAAGUUUGAUCCCCGUCUGCAGGCGAAAAUACUGAAAGUGGUGGAUAUUUCUUAUGGAGGAGAGGAUGGAUUCAAUCAGGCUAUUAAGUUGUCGGCCGAAUUUCUGUCCAAUGUGAAAUUUAUACAGGAGCAGAUCUUAUUAGGAAAAUACUUUAAAGAGGUUAAUGAGGAUACAGGAAAGUAUGUUGUUGGCGUAGAGGACACGCUAAAGGCUUUGGAGAUGGGAGCAAUUAAGACACUUAUUGUGUGGGAAAAUCUGGAGAUCGAUAGGUAUGUGUUAAAGAAUUCAAAGACUGAUGAGAUUGUUGUGAAACAUUUCGACAAGGAGCAGGAAAAAAAUAUGAGCAACUUUCAAGAUCCUGCCAGCCAAGGAGAGCUAAAGAUUCAGGAGAAGAUGUCACUGUUGGAAUGGUUUGCUGAUGAGUACAAGCGUUUUGGUUGUGCUCUUGAGUUUGUCACCAACAAAUCACAAGAGGGGUCACAAUUCUGUCGAGGUUUUGGGGGUAUUGGAGGGCUUCUCCGCUACCAGCUUGAUAUAAGGUCGUUCGACGAGUUUGGUGAUGAUGAAGUUGAUGAGGAUGGAGAAGUUUACGAUGUUGAAGAGGCUGCUUAUGAUUCAGAAUAGGAAUUACUGAACUUUUCCCCAAUGCUGGUGCAGGAAAGCAGGGGUGAAAAAGCCUGCACCAGCGCGCAUGGGGCAGUGGCGGCUGCUGCUGCUCCUGAGCGGUGCUCCAAAACAAUUUCAGGCUCGACCAAGGACAUUGCAUUAUCAUCUGAUUCCGAAAGGCUUACUGUGGUUAUUACAUCUGGGUCACAAAGAGGUGGGGGUGAAAAAGCCUGCACCAAAGUUACAACUGCUGCUCCGGAGAAGUGCUCCAAAAAAUUCUCAGCCCUGACCAAGGACACUACAUUGUUAUCUGAUCCUGAAAGGCUUGAUGUGGCGAUCAUUUCUGGAUUACAAACGGGCUGGAGAGACUGAUCUAUCAUUCUGAAUGAGGAUAUUGUGCUAAGAAGAGAUUCCUUUGGAUGAUCAACAGUCAAGACCUUGUGAAGAUAUAUAAGCAGAUGAAGGAUUGUGGUGAUAUCAGUAGUGCUUUUUGUUAUUUAGUAUUGGUGAUGGUUUUCUUUCAACUUAAGUUAGGGUUUAAGUGGAUUUAUGUUAUUAAGUUCCAUUCUGGCUCAUCAUUGAGAUCGAGCCGAGCUAAACAUUUAUAUUCUUGAACAAAUACUAUUCUGUCUACUUGUUAUGAAAUUCUAUGGUAUUAUCUUUCCAGUUACCUUUCUC